AUGAAAAUAGGGAAGAACUGCGCAAACCCAGCGGAUCCAAAUAAAAGAAAAGCACUAAUAGAUAAAUUAAAAUAUCGCUAUUUCAAUAAACCUGAGCAAGGAGAAGUGAGCACACCAAGCGGAUUGCCGCAGCUGCAUCAUCAGAAUUUUCUCAAGCAAGUGGCAAGUUGUUUUUAUGAGUGGCGGAAUAGGAAUCCUCUCUCAAAUGAAUUGCCAUUUGACGAUAGGCUCGUCACUAAGAGCGGACAAUUUGCCUUGCAGCACGUUCAUUCGCUGCAGGUGGCUUCGACCUCUGGUGACGAAGUUCAUGUGCACAUGCACGUACUGAAAGGCAAAUCUGGCUUGCUCUUGCAGACACUUCUCUCUCAGGCUGGGACCAAACUUGACAUUUUGGCUGGAGGUCUCUUUUUUAAAUUUGAAAAAAUUCCCGAGUCGAAAGCAUCUCCUGAAGCAACACCAGAGGUUAAUAAGCCAAAAAAAGGUUUUGUUUUUAAUUUCCUGAGUGACAGAGAUCAUGUAUAA